GCCGCGACGUCGCCGCCAUGGCCGCCGCCGCCCUCCUGAAGCACCGGCGCACCGCCCUGGAGCGCGUCGAGAAGUUCCUCUCCGAGACCUACUUCACCGACUGCAACCUGCGGGGCAGGCUCUUCGGGGAGCGCUGCCCAGUGGCGUCCAUCUCCUGCUUCCAGACGCCACGGCGGGUGCCCUACGCCGAAGCUGUCGAGCAGGAGUUCAGGCCGGUGGAAGUUGGAGAUGCCUUUGGGCCCACGUGGGAGACCUGCUGGUUUAAGGUGGAGCUGAGCAUCCCUCAGGCAUGGGCAGGACAGGAAGUGCACUUCAUCUGGGAGAGCGAUGGCGAAGGCAUGGUGUGGCGAGAUGCCCAGCCUGUCCAGGGUUUGACUAAGGAAGGCGAGAAGACCAGCUACAUCCUGACGAGCAGCCUGAAGGAGAUGGAGCCCCACAGCCUGACACUGUAUGUGGAGCUGGCCUGCAAUGGUCUCUUUGGGGCCGGUAAGGGCAGCAUGAUUGCUCCUCCAGACCCUGACAGGAGGUUCACCUUGAGCAAGGCUGAGCUGGCCAUCUUCAACAGGGAUGUCUACGAACUGCUGGUGGAUCUGGAGAUACUGCUGGACAUGGCCCAGCUCCUCGGGGAGGAAAACCAGAGGAGUUUUCAGGCGCUGUACGCUGCCAACCAGAUGGUCAACUUGUGUGACGUUGCAGACCCGUCCACCUUCCCUGCUGCCCGUCGCUUGGCUGCGGCGAUCUUCAGCCAGAAGAACGGCGAGAGCCAGCAUACCAUCCAUGCCAUGGGUCACUGCCACAUUGACUCUGCCUGGCUGUGGCCAUAUGAGGAGACCAUCCGGAAGUGCGCUCGGAGCUGGGUCUCAGUUGUCCGUCUGAUGGAGUGCAAUCCGGAGCUCACCUUUGUUUGCUCCCAGGCGCAGCAGUUCGAGUGGGUGCGAUGCUGGUACCCUGGGCUCUACACGCAAAUUCAGGACUAUGUCGCAAAGGGACAGUUCAUUCCUGUCGGAGGCACCUGGGUAGAAAUGGAUGGGAACCUGCCCAGCGGGGAGUCCAUGGUGCGGCAGUUCCUCCAAGGUCAGCGAUUCUUCCAGCAGCAGUUUGGCCGGAUCUGCUCCGAGUUCUGGCUGCCGGACACAUUUGGGUACUCAGCCCAGCUGCCCCAGCUGAUGCGUGGCUGUGGAAUCAGGCGAUUCCUCACCCAGAAGCUCUGCUGGAACCUGGUGAACACCUUCCCGCAUCACACCUUCUUCUGGGAAGGCAUUGAUGGCUCCCGAGUCCUGGCCCAUUUCCCCCCAGGUGACUCCUACGGGAUGCACGGGCGAGUGGAGGAGAUGUUGAAAACGGUGAAGAACAACAAGGAUAAAGGACGUGUGAACCACAGCGCUGUCCUCUUCGGCUUUGGAGACGGAGGAGGGGGCCCUACGCAGAAGAUGCUCGACAGGAUGAAGAGAAUGAGUGACACGGAUGGGCUGCCAAGGGUGCAGAUCUCCACUCCUGACCGACUCUUCUCUGCCCUGGAGAAGGAGUCAUCGCAGCUGUGCACCUGGGUGGGAGAGCUCUUCCUGGAACUGCACAACGGCACAUACACCACCCAGGCCCAGAUAAAAAAGGGGAAUCGGGAGUGCGAGCGCAUACUCCAUGAUGUUGAAGUUCUCAGCACUUUGGCUCUGGCACGGGGAGGCAAGUUUCAGUAUCCUGCCAGCAAGCUGCAGCGGCUCUGGAGGUUGUUGCUCCUCAAUCAGUUCCAUGAUGUGUUGCCAGGCAGCUGCAUCCAGCUUGUGGUUGAGGAUGCCCUCCAAUACUAUGCAGAGAUCCGCAGGGCUGGUGCCCAGCUCCAGGAGGAGGCUGUACAGUCCUUAUGUGGGGAACUGCUGCAGCCCAAGUCAGAGACCACUGAGUGCACCCUUGUGUUGAACACUUUGGCCUGGGACCGGACUGAAGUUGUCUCCAAGACUGGGCCAGCUGGAGCAGAGACUUUAGCUCUGAUGACAGCCCCCAGCAUGGGCUAUGCUAUAGCCAGGGAGCCCUUGCUGCCCCCUCAGCCUGUGUUGGUGAUGAAACAGGAGGAUGGCUCCAUUACCAUGGAGAACGGAGUGAUUGCAGUCUGCCUGGACACGAUGGGACGCCUGACCUCGCUUCGACUGGCACGCUCUGAGAGAGAAUCAGUUCCAGAUGGAUGCUGUGCCAACCAGUUUGCUCUCUUUGAUGACAUUCCUCUGUACUGGGAUGCGUGGGAUGUGAUGGAUUAUCACCUGGAAACCAGAAAACCGGUCACAACUCUGCUAAAGCCUCUGGAAAUCACUCACGCUGGAGGGCUGCGGGGAAGUGCAAGCUUCUCUCUGCGGAUUGGGGAAAGGAGUACCUUAACCCAGGAGAUCAUCCUGGACACCAUGUGCCCAUACAUCCGAUUCCUGACCCAGGUUGACUGGAAGGAGGCUCACAAGUUCCUGAAGGUGGAGUUCCCUGUGCGGGUCCGGAGCACAAACGCCACCUACGAGAUCCAGUUUGGGCACCUGCAGCGGCCGACUCACUGGAACACAUCGUGGGACUGGGCCCGAUUCGAGGUGUGGGCUCACAAGUGGCUGGAUCUCUCCGAGCACGGCUUCGGGGUGGCAUUGCUGAACGACAGCAAAUACGGUGCAUCAGCCCACAGGAACAUCCUCAGCCUCUCGCUGCUGAGAGCACCCAAGUCUCCUGAUGCCACAGCAGAUAUUGCACACCACCAGUUCACCUAUGCUGUGAUGCCUCACCAGGGUUCCUUCCAGGAUGCUGGUGUGAUUCAAUGCGCCUACAACUUGAAUUUCCCUCUCCACACGGUCCCAGGCAGCUCUGCCCAGUGCUCAGCCUGGAGCGCCUUUUCUGUGAGCUCACCUGCAGUUGUACUGGAGACUGUCAAGCAGGCUGAGGACAGACUCGAAGCUGUGGUGGUCCGACUGUACGAGGCGCACGGCAGCACUGUCGAGACCUGGCUGCAGACCUCCCUCCCGGUUAAAGAGGCGAUGCUCUGCGACCUCCUGGAACGGCCGGACGUGAGGAGCUGCCUCCCCCUGGAGCAGCAGGGCCUGAGGCUUUCCUUCACGCCAUUCCAAGUGCUCUCUGUCCUCUUGGUCUUGAGGCUGUGACGGUGGCCACCCUCACUGGUGACGCUGCAACCUGGGCUAACACUGAGCGCUCAGACCACAGCCUGGGGCUUCCCUGCCACCGCUCGCAGUUAACCUGCUGGAGGUGCCACCUUUCCUCUCAGUCCUGAGCCCAGCCACCAGUGCCCUCUUGCUGUGGAGCAGGGAGGAACAGUAAGAAUGAGGCGUUUCCACUUACCCCAGUCCAGUAACGACGCUGCCCCAAGAGACAUGCAGAGGGAGCGGGGGUGGUUCCAGAGGAGGGCAAACUCCCCCUUGCUCCUCCCUGUUAGUGGCCAUCAGAGUGCAACAGUUGACAGCAGCUAACAGCCACGUUCUUUGGGAACGAGCAGUAAGGUUGCUGCCUGCUUGAGCAGGAAAGCGCCGUAGGGCUCCUGCGCUGCGCGCUUGGCCUGUUGGCGCAGGGGCAGCCAGCUCUAACUGGCACUUGGAGCACAGCAGCUUUCCCCAGUGCCGCCUGUGCAGGUACCAGCAGCGCCUUAGGCGGGUGCGCUGCAGCCACGAGGGCCACAGGACCAGCCUGGAUCCACCCCUGCCACUGCGCAGCAGCCAUCCUGAGCACAGACCAGCCCCAUCAGGCCCCGGCUCCACCAGCUGUGCUCCCCCCCGCUCUCUGCUUGUGGUCAGCAGCGUUAUGUAUGUGCUGUGGGCUCCACACCACGCAGCAACAAGCUGCAAAAGGCUCACAAAUAGCAAAGUACACUAGAGUCGUUUGCCUUCUGCCUCCCCCGAAUUUCCUCCCUCUGGCCUUUCAGAGGAGGCAUAAAUAAACAAGAGAAUUAUACAAACA